AUGGAACUCCAGAAUUUAACAAGUUUCUCAGAAUUUCUCCUCCUGGGCCUCUCAGAUGAUCUGAACCUGCAGCCAUUCAUAUAUGGGCUCUUUUUGUUCAUGUACCUGGUCACCGUGCUGGGGAAUCUUCUCAUCAUCCUGGCUGUCAGCUCUGACCCCCACCUCCACACCCCCAUGUACUUCUUCCUCUCCAACCUGUCCUUGGCUGACAUUGGUUUCAGUACCACUACAGUCCCCAAGAUGCUGGUGAAUAUCCAGGCACACAGCAAAUCUAUCACCUAUGCAGGCUGCCUAACUCAGAUAUCCUUCUUUUUUCUUUUUGGCUGUUUGGACAGUCUACUCCUGGCUGUGAUGGCCUAUGACCGGUUGGUGGCCAUCUGUCACCCACUACACUACCCAGUGAUCAUGAAGCCCUGUAUCUGUGGCUUGUUAGUUCUUAUGUCAUUUUUUAUCAGUCUUUUGGACUCUCAGAUGCAUUGCUUGAUGGUGUCGCAACUUACUUUCUGCAAAGAUGCAGAAAUCCCUCAUUUCUUUUGUGAUGUUCCUAAGCUUCGCGACCUUGCCUGUUCUGACACUUCAGGAAGUAACAUUGUCAUGCUUUUUGCUGUGACCAUCUCUGGUUUUCUCCCUAUAUCAGGAAUUGUUUUCUCUUACUAUAGAAUUGUUUCCUCCAUUCUGAGAGUCUCAUCAUCCAGUGGGAGGUACAAAGCCUUCUCUACCUGUGGUUCUCACCUGUUGGUUGUUUGUCUGUUUUAUGGAACAGGCCUUGGGGUGUAUCUCAGUUCAGCUGUCUCAUCUUCCCCAAGGAAGGAUGCAGUGGUCUCAGUGAUGUACACUGUGGUCACCCCUAUGCUGAACCCCUUCAUCUACAGUCUGAGGAACAAGGACAUCAAGAGUGCCCUGUUGAGGAUUAUCAGCAGAAUAGUCUAA